UUUCAUAUUUAUUUAAUAUAUCAUGCUGAAUGAAAUGUUUGAAAUUUGCAUUACAAUAUGUAGCUUAUACUCGUAGUGUGAAACAAAUGUACCCAUAAAUAUGCAUUUAUACAUAUACAAAGAAUGUUUUAAUAGUACGUAUGUACAUCCUCAUCGCAUCGAUGGUCAAUAUGCAGCAGAGAGAAAUGAAUGGGUUAAAAAUGUAUACAGUGGAUAUCACGUACCUACUAUCAAUUAUACUAUCAAUUGAUCGACUCGAGACCAUGAACCGACACCUACUAGGUGAGCUCACGGGGCUCAAACCUGACGAUGCUGCUAACACGAACCCUAACAAAAGCCGUACUUCGCAGAAUCUACCGCCGGAUCGGAAACGCGACCCACUGAACAAAAUUUUAGCAAAGCACAAUGUUUUCUUCCUUGUUCCGUUAUUAUUUUAUUUUAAUAAGACAUUAUUUCAACAAAAUACAAUAUGACCUGCACGAGCCUUGAAAUUAAAAAUCAACCAAACUGUCUAUGGACGGAUUCUAAUUCUAGUAGCUGUAUAGAUUUUAAGAACUAGCUCGUAGCGGUCUAGUCCGCGACGCCGCAGUGAUAAGCCGAACGAGGGCACAUGCGCACACAGCCUUUUAUAAACAUUGAACAUAAGAAUUCUACACACCGGUCGCUACAAAAGCAGAAAUUUAACUCUCGGGCGUUCAUCGUAUAAUGCAUUUGUAUAAUCAAACGAAUUCGCGACACGAAUUGGACACGUUUUGAAAUUCGAGACCUUAUGAUAUCAGGAAAAAUGAAGUUACCGAAAUUGGAUAUCUCAAUGCAGAAGUCUUGCAAACCAGCGAUGCUUGGCCGCAUGUGGCAAGCCAGUAGCCGAGCUUUUAGCUUGGAUCAUUGGCCUUCUCACCGCUUUGGCUGUUGCCAGUGGCAGAAGAGGCAACAACCUUCCAAAUACUAUAUUCUGUACAGGUGGAUAGUAUUUAUUGCGGUAUUGGCCAUUAACAUUGCGAGUUUUGCUUGUCAGCGCAUCCCAGUGAAGUAUCACGGACUGAAAUUGGAACUAAAUUACUUUAAAUGGUUCAUUUACCUCACUAAUUGGGGAUUUAUGCUGAUAGCUGUUCAAGCAGCUCUCGCACUUGGCGUCGUGUACUACUAUAAAAACGACAGGAAUCUUAAUCUAACUUACGAUGAAGAUGAUGUUCCUGUACCGAUGUCUCGUCGUAAACGUACCCCAAUUUUGUGCCGCGUGUAUUGGCUCACACAAAACGUCGCUACAGACCUCGCCUUCGUCAUCUCUCUUGUUUACUGGGCCCUAGUGUAUGACCCUGAAAUCCAUGAAAUAAAUGCAAUAAAUCUUCUUGUUCAUGGUGGAAAUUCCGCGAUCAUGUUGUGUGAGCUGGCUGUCACAGCACACCCCAUUAGGAUGGCUCAUGCAAUGUACGGAGCCGGAGCAGGUCUUGCUUAUGGACUCUUCAGUGCAUUUUACUGGGCAGUAGGGGGCACGGACAGACUUGGACAGGCUGCUAUAUAUCCCACCCUGGAUUGGAAUAAACCAGCCGCUGCAUUUGGCUUCGUCGCUCUGUGUGCUGUGGUGCUGGUGAUGGCUCACGGCGUCGCGACCUGCCUAGCCGUAGUCCGUUUGCGUCUCGCCAAGCGCCUGUACGCAAAACGCGCGCAAUCCGACAGACUCACCCUACCGACACAUUGAUAUAGUGUCGUGUGGCGUCUAGCUCCUAGACUCCAACGCAAAGUUAAUUCAAAGUAUUGCUAAACGGACAUUAACUAUCCAAUUUCCGUCAGUGAUUUAUUAAUUAGGUAAGAGUAGGAUUUUGGGUACGUAAUGUUGUUGCAUUUAUAUUUUAUGGGACAGAAAUGCAUAGAAUAGUCAUAGUAUAAUACAUUAUGAAUUGAAAAUCAAGGCGAUUUGUACCUUGAAUGCAUUUUACAAUAGACGAAACAAAUUUGAAUUAAAACAACUAUGUCGGAAAAUCAUUUGAAUCGAAAAACGAUGUGGUUAUGAUUACAUAAAAUGUUCCUUUCAUGCCUCGAAAAAACACUUGUCUUAUUCUUUAUGCCUACAAAGACAGAUGAGGAGCAAACGGUCAACUUUGGUGACGAGUGGUCACGGUCGCUCGUGGACAGCAGCAAAAGCACAGCAGAAGUUGUCCACCGCAAAGAUUUUUUUCCUAACCUCAUUUGGACAAGAAACACAGGGUCGUUCAUUCCAGUUACAUGUCAAAAAAAAUCUCUGGAAACGCACUGUGAAUGAUUCAACAGUUGUAGGUAUAUCAACGAUACAUGUGACUACUGAAUAGUAACUCUUUAAGACUUAAAAGUUUCAGAAUAACUUAUUAGGUCGGACAUAGGAAAUGAUCAGUAUUGUCACAAUUCUAUGUAUAAAAUAAAUUACUGGCACCUUUGGAAUGUAUUGUGAUGGUUUUGAUAUCUCAUGGAAAAAGUUCCUGUAUGUUUUUUUUUUUAAAUUUAAUUUAUACGAAUGACAUUUGUUGUUCUUUCUUUGAUAUGUUAAUUAUAUAAUUUUAUGAAUUCCAUAUUUAAAUAUGAAAACUUUUUUGUUCAUUUUUCUAUUAUCGCUGUACUGGUUUACGCAUACAUUUGCAGCUAUAAGAAAACAGAAUAUCAUAUUGUUUUAUUGCUAUAUUUUAAUACUUAGUACAUAAUCUACCACGGGUUCUGUAUACUUCUAGUUUAACUAAUAAAAAUUGUCCAUUUAAUCAAAUCAUAACUUUACUGGAUACAAGAAACAGCAGACAUUGGAUUUAAGUUUUUUAUUUACACAACUGUAAUAUUUAUUUCUGUAUGUUGUAUUUAUACUAAGAAUAACUUUGAUCUGAUAAUAAGAAAUCAGACUUUAAUAAAUUAUAUUCUAGCAAUGUUAACAUAAAGCACAGCAUAAAUAUUGCUUAAGAUGCACAGAACAUUGAUCACGUAAAGUAUUAGCCGAUAUAAUUAUAUUGUUAAUUUCAUUAGUAAAUAAAUAAGAAGUCGUCGUGGCCUAAAGGAUAAGACGUCCGGUGCAUUCGUAUGUAGCGAUGUAACGGUGUUCGAAUCCGGCAGGCGGGUACCAAUUUUUCUAAUGAAAUAUGAACUUAACAAAUGGUCACGAUCGGCUUCCACGGUGAAGGAAUAACAUCGUGUAAUAAAAAUCAAACCCGCAAAAUUAUAAUUUGUGUAAUUACUCGUGGUAGGACCUCAUGUGAGACCGCACGGGUAGGUACCACCACCCCGCCUAUUUCCGCCGUGAACCAGUAAUGCGUUUCGGCUUGAAGGGUGAGGCAGCCAUUGUAACUUAUACUUGAGACCUUAGAACUUAUAUCUCAAGACGGGUGGCGCAUUUGCGUUGUAAAUGUCUAUGGGCUCCAGUAACCACUUAACAUCAGGUUGGCUGUGAGCUCGUCCAAUCAUCUAAGCAAUAAAUAAAAAAAAAACGACUUCACUGUUAGUGCUCUCACUAGAAGCGAAACAUAGAAUGUUUUUUUGCAUAUUUUGCAAUUUUGUAUUUUUCAUUUAAAAUUAACUAAAAAUAUGCAUUUGCUGAAACUAUUUCAAUUCUUUCUUUCGUGACUUAUCAAUGAAUCCUUUUGGUGAUAUUUAUCAUAAACAAAUUUCUUAUGAAUAACAGAUUAUCGUAUGUUUAUGAUUCAAAAGUAUUUUAUGUAAUGUAUUAUAUUAAAUUGCAAUAUUGUAAACAAUACGUAAUUUAUCAUAGAAUUAAGUGUCUCGUAUUGUGAUGAUAUGUAUGUAUGUAUGUAAUUGUUAAUAAUUGUAUUCCUUUAAACGCAAUGAGCUUAGCUUAAUAUCGCGAGCAAUAGCAUAAAACGUAAGAUAUAAUAUCUUGUGAAACUUUAAGCGAAAAAGGUUUUUGAAGACGUAAUUUACGAAAAUAUAUUAAAGAGAUAUACAACCAAAUAAAUGAAUUUUUCCAUAUAAACUUUCUCAUUAGAAUGUUUUUCAAUUGGACUGCUAAAAAUAUGUAAUACGCUUCUUUAUUAAUAAAAUCACGGUGUAUGUGCAGUAAUGGAAGAAAAAAUAGCGUACUUCUUAUGAAAGUUUCUAUCACAAUCUAAAGUAUCGACAGAAUCUCAAGAUCAUUCAAAUUGAGGCAAGUUCCUAAUAAUAUAUUUUACGAUAAGUUUGUAAGUAAUUGUGUUUGAUUAAGUAAAAUGAUUAAUGUCUACACUAAAACUACAGUAUUGUGGCAUAAUUAAAUGGAUUUUACGUUAGAUA